AUGGCAGUCACUCACACCGAGAGCGCGCAGUCGGCUAGUCAGCUCGACGGCCAAGUGAUGGUCAUCCCUGACCUGCGCCGGAUGAUCAGCCACUGGCCGUCAGGAAAGAACGUCUCCGCUUCCGAUGUCGAGGUACUUGUCAACGGCUUCCUCGAGAAGUAUGAUGCUUCUCCACAAGAUGUAGCAAACGUCACGGAGGCCAACCCAACGCUGCUUGCCGCUAGCCUCUGGCCAAAUGUCUCAAGAGAAAAGCUCGGCACCCUGACUUUGAUGGUCCUCUGGCAGGGUAGGCUCGAUGACUAUAUUGAGAUCUUGGAGUAUGAGAGCCAAGCCAAGGCGAAAGAGUUUCGCGCCAAAACCAAAGAUUACAUUGCGCAAUACCUCCGACUCUCAGAGGGACCCAAGGAGCCGGCGACAACACCCGUUAUCUCGGAUUUCCAGCCGGUUGCGAAUAUGAUAUGCCAGCAGUACGACAAUGGUAGAUAUGGGCGGGCGAUAAAUCAGCGUCGGAGGCUGAGAGUCAGCCUCUUUGAGUACAUCGACUCAACGGUGCAGGAGAUGCGGUAUAUCGAGAGUGGAGAGGUGCCGACGGAUCUCAAGUAUGAGAUGCUUCGGAAGAAGACGGCGGGCACAGGCCCUCUUUGCGCUUUGGCAGAGACGAACGACCUGCUAUCCCUGAGGAAAGAGCUGCGCAAAGGGCGGGCUCUCAGCGUGGUGCCGGUCCGCUUCUGGAACAGCCAAGACGGCGACUUGGAAGCGGUCAUCAGAGAGGUUGUCGACGACAUCGAGAAGGCGGUCAGGCAUUUCGAUAUCUGCGAGCGCAGGUUGAUCAACCAGAGCCAGGCGGACGCCGACAGAACACGGCAGAUAGCUGCAACGCUCAAGACGAUCUGCACGGGUAAUUUGACUUGGAGGUUUGUUUCUUGA